AUGAAUCAAAAACAUUAUCUUGUUCCAUCAUUUCUGGCCUCAAAGGGAUUGGUUAAACUUCACAUCGACUCCUUCAAUCAUUUUAUUCAAACAGAAAUAAAAAAUAUUGUCCGAGCAAACAGUCGUGUCAGUGUUCCAGAAGCCAAUUGGUGGUUAGAGUAUAAUGACAUAUAUAUCAAACCUCCAACAGUAAAUGAUGGAGGGGUUGUUGCCAGCCGUGUUACUCCUCAUGACUGCAGACUCCGUGACCUAACAUAUGCUGGCGAAAUUCUUGUUGACGUUACGUUUGUUAGACAGAACGAAGUAGUAUCGAAAAAAGGUGUCCUUAUUGGUCGCAUGCCAAUCAUGCUAAAAAGCUCCAUAUGUGUACUAAAUGGUAAAAGUCCUUCGGAGCUUAUGCGACUUAAAGAAUGUCCAUUGGAUCCUGGCGGUUACUUCAUUAUUGGUGGUACUGAAAAAGUAGUUCUCAUGCAGGAACAAACUUCCAAGAAUCGUCUGAUCAUUGAAGAAGAUAGUAAACGUGGAUUAGUGUGUUCUGUGACAUCGUCCUCUGCUCAAACGAAAUCUAAGACUAACAUCGUUACGAAAGAUGAUAAAUUUUACCUUUCUCAUAAUUCCUUCAUCGUGGAUGUCCCUAUUGCCAUAUUGUUUAAAGCAAUGAACAUUACUUCUGACCAGGAACUAUUGCAGCUUAUUGGGACAGAAGAAUCUGUUUGGGCUAACUUUGUUCCUAGCCUUAAAUUAUGUUUGGAAUAUAAUAUCCAUACCUGUUUAGAUGCUUGCAAUUGGUUACAUUCACGUUUAAGACAACCUCGAUAUCGCACUGCUUUCGGAGCUAGUAGGACUCUACGAACUGCUGCUAAUAUUUUAGAGACAGAUAUUAUCUUAGAAAUACAGAGAUUUUUACGAGAUAUAAUUAUUACACAUAUUGAAAUGGAAAAACUUAACUUUGCGCCGCGUGCAUUCUUCUUGGGUCAGAUGGUUCGUUAUUUAAUACUAGCCAACGAAAAACGUAUUCCUCCAGAUGAUCGGGAUUUUUAUGGGAACAAACGUAUCGAAUUGGCUGGUAGCUUGCUGGCCCUUUUAUUCGAAGACGUCUUCAAGACAUUUAACGAAGAUCUCUGGUUAACAGUGUCCAAGAUUGAUACAAAACGCCGAUGUACACCUUUUGAUAUAUCUCGACAUAUCAAGACGUGGAUGAUAACGGAACAGUUAAAUAGAGCAAUUUCUUCUGGAAAUUGGAUCAUAAAACGAUUCCGUAUGAUGCGACAUGGUGUUACACAAGUUGUUAGCCGUUUAUCUUACGUUGCUGCCUUAGGACAUAUGACUCGAAUGACGAGCCAAUUUGAAAAAACUCGUAAGGUCUCUGGUCCACGUUCUAUUCAUGCAAGCCAAUGGGGUCUUAUCUGCCCAUCUGACACACCUGAAGGGGAAGCUUGUGGACUUGUUAAAAAUGUUGCUCUCAUGUGUCAUGUUACGGUCGAAGUAGACGAUGCACAUUUGAUUGAGCUAAUUAGCAACUAUUAUACAUUUCCACUCUACCAGAUGAGAUAUGCUAAAAAUGAGUACGUAAUAUAUGUAAAUGGAAAACCGAUUGGAUUCACUCAACACCCUGGGAAACUAUGUGUUUUGAUUAGAGGUCUUCGGCGUUCGGGUAGAAUUCACGGCUUUGUUUCUGUUUAUAUCAAGCAAGCUUAUCAGUGCGUUCAUGUCGUUAGUGAUGGUGGCAGAUUCUGCAGGCCUUAUAUUAUUCUGUGCAAUGGAAGACCACUCGUAACGGAAUCUGUUCUUCAGGAUUUACGCCACAAUGUUCUAAAUUGGGAUGAUCUAUUGAAAAAAGGGUUAGUUGAAUAUUUGGAUGUUAAUGAACUCAACGAUUGUCUGGUUGCAAUGGACGAGUCCUGUUUAACCGACGGUAAUCACUAUACUCAUAUGGAAAUCGACCCCGCCACAAUUUUAGGUGUCGUUGCUGGUUUAAUUCCUUAUCCGGAUCAUAAUCAAUCUCCCCGAAAUACUUAUCAAUGUGCUAUGGGUAAGCAAGCUAUCGGCACUGUUGCACUUAAUCAGCAAAUCCGUUUUGAUACGCUUCAAUGUCAAAUGGUCUACCCUCAAAAACCCCUUGUUCAGUCGAAAACUAUUCAAAUGAUGCAUUUUGAUGAGCUCCCUGCCGGUCAAAAUGCAGUUGUAGCAAUAAUGUCUUAUUCUGGGUAUGACGUUGAGGAUGCAUUGGUUAUUAACCAGGCUUCAAUUGAUCGAGGUUUUGCUCGUGCUUGUGUUUAUCGUCGGUCGGGUGUUCAUCUCAAAAUGCAUGAAAAUGCAGUUUACGAUCGCUUAAUGGGCCCUAGCAUAGAGCGAGAGACCGGCGUUCUUCGUCGUGGAGAUGAGGUGCUUCAGGCGGAUGGAGUUGCGUACAUUGGCGCUUGUGUUAACGACCGUCAAAUCCUUAUCAAUAAGGAAAUGCCUGUUGUUAGUUCAAGCGCUGUAUUGGAUAAUGCGGGAUCGCUUAGUUUAAAUGUGAAUACACCUGAGAACGCGACGGAAUUUAAGCGUUGUCCCGUAGACUACAAAGGGAUAGAACCGUCCUAUGUAGAAAAAGUUAUGUUUUCCACAUCAGAAGGAAACCAAGCAGUAGUAAAGAUAUUGUUGCGUCAAACUAGAAGACCCGAAGUUGGCGAUAAGUUUUCCAGUCGCCAUGGUCAAAAAGGAGUCGUUGGACUUAUUGUUCGUCAAGAAGAUUUGCCUUUCUCAACGAAUGGCCUUACUCCUGACAUCAUAAUGAAUCCUCAUGGAUUUCCCAGUAGGAUGACGGUGGGUAAAUUGUUAGAAGUCUUGGGUAGCAAAGCCGGGGCCAUCGAAGGAAAAAUUCGAGACGGUUCAGCGUUUUCUGGGGAUCCUGCUGAAGUCCUUUCACAAGUACUCAUUGAUCAUGGGUAUCAUUAUCUUGGCAAGGAGAUUUUGUAUUCUGGAGUUACUGGAGCCCCGCUUGAAGCGUUUAUUUACUUUGGUCCUGUUUAUUACCAGCGACUUAAGCAUAUGGUUAUGGACAAAGUACAUGCUCGCUCACGCGGGCCCGUCACAGCAUUGACUCGACAGCCGACGGAGGGUCGUAGUAGAGAAGGAGGUUUACGAGUUGGAGAAAUGGAACGAGACUGUUUUAUUGCUUAUGGUACUUCACAAUUACUAUUAGAACGUCUUUUGCUUUCCAGCGAUGCCUAUGAUGCAUGUGUAUGUGAAAAAUGUGGUUUGUUAGCUACAUCACCUAACUGGUGUCAGUAUUGUCGAAGUAGCCGUCAAGUUGUUUCUGUCCGUAUGCCGUAUGCCUGCAAGCUGCUUUUCCAAGAACUGAUGUGCAUGAGGAUUCUGCCGCGUCUUCGUUUAAGGACUGCUUAUCAUAGCAGUAUACACACUAAAUCUAGAAUUACUAUCAUCAUGAUAUUGACAAAACGUAAAAACCAUUGA